ACGUUGUUUUUCGUGUUGGAAGGGCGUAAUGGAGGGUUGCGAUGGCGAUGACCCUGCUGUGCUGUCGACGACGGAGAAGACAGCUGUCGCGGUGGCUGCGGUUGCCGUUGUCCGUCUUUUCCAAGUAGAGAGUGCGGCCAGGCGCAUGAAGGCAGCGCUUUCGAGGCGGCGGCAGAGGCUUCUGUUGCAGAGGGUGUUGGACGCCCCGGACUGCAUCACCACUUCCGAGGCCGUGGUUCAGCUGUGCGCUGCAAUCGGGUGCGGUUUGCUUCCUCGGGCGACGCCACGUUGGUGGAUGAGGCGGAGAGCUGGCGGGACUUGGGAGGAUUUGCGGGUGUGCGAUGACGCGACAGACGAUUACUUCCAGGAAAAGCUCCGCAUGUCCAGGAGAGUGUUCAUGGAGAUCAGCGAAGCCUGUGCGCCUCAUGUGCAGCGGCAGGUGACGUUUUACAGGGAGCCACUCCAGCCGGAGCAGAUCAUCGCGUACUCGCUGUAUAGGUGGGCUACAGGAGAGUCUUACGAGAACAACACAUCAUCCUUCGACAUGGGCAAGACUUCCAGAGUUCGAGCUGUGUGCGAUGUGACAGCCGCUAUGUUGAGGGUGUACGGGGAGAAGAUAUCGUGGCCGACGGGGGUGCGGAAACACGUCGUGCUAUGGGCGUUUCUGGACAAGGGCUUUCCAAACUACCAGGACGCAGUUGACUGCACACACAUCUACGUGGACAAACCGGCGAACGCGCCGCGCAAGAACUACUUCGACCGCAAGCACCGUUGUCGGGACAGAAACCCAACCCCUGUAAGGGUUUCUGCCCGGGUUUUUCAAGCUGGGUUUUUCAGCGGUGGCGCGGAAGCGCUGCCGAAAUUUUGCGGCAGCAACGGUGUUCCUUCUAGUGGUGGUGUGAAUGUGCUGUCCGGUUUUCACGGCACCAACGACAAUUUUGAGAAGUGUCGUCAAGAGGGGGUGUAUUUUGAGGCGGUGUUGACAUUGUGCUGUCCACAUAUUACAGCGGUGACGCCUCGACACAGUGGUGGCGUGGUGGUGGUGGUGGACCUGGAUCUGCACGUGCUUGACGUGUUCGUUGCAUAUCCGGGGAGCUGCCACGGCAUUAGGGUGAUCCAACUGUCAAGUCUAUCGAGGCGCGCGAAAGAGGGAUUGCUGUUUCGUGGGCCGCCUGUCACGCUGCCCGGAGGGGUGAGGACGAAUGGAUACAUCUUGGGUGACAACGGAUAUCGUCCUUCUAAAUGGGUAGUGCUGCCAUACAGAGGAAUCAAUGAGCAUCCGAACGAGGAAAGGUUCGACACAAAGCAGACGGUUGCAAGAGGGGCCGUGGAGAGGGCGUUCGGGAGGUUGAAGGGGAUGUGGAGGCUCGUCCUGCGGACGCACAAGACGAACCUCGACAGUCUGCCGCAGCAGUUCACGACAGUCUGCAUUCUCCACAACAUCCUGCUUGAUGCAGGUAUCGAUUUCGACGAGAAUUUGUUGUGGGAGGUCGACGCGAACGGGGUGAGGCGCCGAGUGGACCUGGGGAUUCAUCGCCCCCCGCAGCCAGUGUCGAUGUUGACUUCGACGCACGAGGCUCACGCGCUCUGCAAUGCGUUGGCGGAGCGAAUGAAACACAUGUGAUCCUACCUACCGCGUGCCUGUUCGUCCCGUUCAAGUCAUGUUCCGCCAUCGUCGAUUGACAGCGCUUGUGUCUUCCGCUUACACGCG